CUUUACGACAGGCAUCCUGAUGUUCCCAUGGCAACAGGCACGCUUCCUCCUCCAUCGGACAGAGUGGGAGGAUGUUUUACUCGCUCUGGAGCUCGUUUAUUGCUUUCUGGUUCCAGUUGGACGACACUGAACCGUUUGGUGCGAGACACUAAAAUGGACUGUGAUGUCUGUGGGAAACAGCAUGUGACGAGGACGUCUUCAACCUGCAUCAGUUUGAGGCUUUACAGGAUUUACACAGGAAAGGAGCUUUAGAACUUUCUGAUGUAGAAGCUUUUUACUGAAACUGUGAGCUCAAAGAACUUUAACCACCGUUGACGUAACCGAGUCGUCACUUGGACCCCGUUUUCUGCGGCUGCGCUGCCCUCUAGUGGCCACGGCAUGUAUUACCUCCGCCAAAUGCUCUAAACUCACCGAGCUGGUGAGUUUAGAGCAUUUCACGUUUUACUCAGGUUUGAUUCCAGAGCGGUUUGUUACCUUUUACAGACUUUAAAGCUCGUCUCAUGUAAUUUACCUGCAGCACGUUCAGCACCUGAAUGAGCGAGGGUUUAAUCAGCGGCCGCUGCAGUCGUCGCGUCGUGAUAACCCGGUCACGGUGUGUUUACGUGCGUGCGAUCACUGUGUCACUGACUUAUUGAUCGUGUAGUAACGACGCGUGCUACAGCCCGAAGCGCAGAAUAAAUUGCCUGCGUCGCAUGGAUCACAUGUCAGUGUCAAAGUCAGACGCUCAAACCGGGAGCGGAGCGCGCGCACGCACACGCGCGCACACACACACACACACACACACGCAUACACACGCACACACACGCACACACACACACAGAGUCCCUGCGGUCUCGCAGCCGGAUCAAUGUCAUGCAAGCGUCGACAUCCAGCAUAGGAAAGUUGUAGUCAUGGCAACGACCCAGGCCUGUAUUACGCCCACUAAAUCGAUGAGGUUCUGUGUGGCGAGCCGAACCCCCGUCCCACAUUCAGACGCGCUCGCCCUCCUCUGCUGAGCACACGGAAUCGGAAUCACGCUGAGGACGGACGGAGGAGGACAAACGAUGGCGCAGCAGAUGUGGACUUGGGCGCUUUGUCUUCACCUGGUGGCGGCGGCUGCAGCCGCUCAGAAGGUUGACGGAGCCCAGGACGGAGGCAGCAUCAGCCACUCUCUGGCUCUGGUGCAGCGGCUGGACGCGCUGCUGCUUCAGGGCAAUGGCAGCGACGUGUCCCUGAGGGUGGAGACGCCCAGCGCGGACGACGUCAAGGUGAUCCCGGUCCACGCGCUGGUCCUGUCCCUGCAGAGCCCCGUGUUCGAGGAGAUGCUGCUGGGCCGCAACGCCAGCGUGCUGGUGCUGGAAGAGAGCUCGGAGUGCGCAGCCGUGUUCGACAAGUUCAUCAGGUACCUGUACUGUGGAGAGAUCUCUGUGCGUCUAGACCAGGCCACACCGUUACACAGACUGGCCACCAAGUACCAGGUGCUGGGUCUCCAGGAGGGCAUCACCCAGUACAUGAGGCAGAACCUGGCCCGGGACUCGCCCUCGGGCCACGUGGCGGGCUGGUACGAGUACGCGCUGCAGGCCGGGGACGGCACCUUGGCCGACAGCUGCCUCCAGUACCUGUCCUGGAACCUGUCGUCGGUGCUGCAGAGCGGGGAGUGGCUGGGCGUCAGCGCCCACCUGCUCAUGGCCCUGCUGCAGCGCUCGGACCUGGUCCUGCAGAGCGAGGUUGAGCUGUUUGCGGGUCUGGAGGCGUGGAUCGUGCACCGGCAGCCGGACGGGUUGACGGCGGAGAACGCCCUGCGGGCCGUGCGCUACGCCAUGAUGCCCCCCCGGGACCUCUUCCGCCUGCAGACCCAGUCGCCGGUGCUGGCUCGGUAUCAGGAGUCGGUGCGCGACCUGCUCUACCUGUCCUUCCAGUUCCACGCGGCCUCCCCCGUGCACAUGGCCAAGUACUUCGACGUGAACUGCAGCCUGUUCGUGCCCAGGAACUACCUGUCGCCGCUGUGGGGCGCCGCCUGGCCCGUCCACAACCCCACGCGCGACGACCGCAGCAUCAGCUUCCAGACGCAGCUGGGGCCCAGCGGCCACGACGCCAGCAAGCGGGUCACCUGGAACGCGCUGUUCUCGCCGCGCUGGCUGCCGCUCAGCAUGAGGCCCAUGUACGCGGAGACGGGCGCCAUGCAGCCCACGCGCGUGGAGGGGGGGCGGCCCCGCGUCAUCGUCACGCCGGCCACCUCCAGCGCCGACUUCGCCGGCGUGACCUUCCAGAAGACGGUGCUGGUGAUGGGCCAGCAGGGCGGGAAGGUGGUGGUGAGGCACGUGUACAACUUCCACCAGAGCACGGAGGAGAGCGGCGACUUCCUGUCGGCGGCCGACCUGCACCGCCGCACGUCCGAGGACCUGGUGGACGGCUCGCUGCUGCUGCACGUGGUGGUGAAGCCCCUGUACCAGACGCUGGUCGCCAGCAGGAGCUGAAAGCUCCCAGCCCCGCUGCAGCUUCACUGGGCCAAAGUUCCAGACCGGCUUCACUUCCUCGUCCUCGUUCAUGUGUAUUGUUUGGAGAACAAAGGUGCUAUUGUUAAAGGGUCGCUGUUGUCACUAAACGCUGACUGGGCGGAUUGUGACUCCUCCCAGCUCAGAGUCUGCUGAGUUACACAUCAGCAAAGGUUCAUCCAGCUGAACUUCAGGACUGGCUCCAUGUGAGACCCUCCUCCCUCGUAGACCCCCCCUUCCUCACAGACCUCCCUCAUAGACCCCCCUCGUAGACCCCCCCCCCCCAUAUACCCCCCCCCCCCCCCCCCCCUCCCUCACAGACCUCCCUCAUAGACCCCCCCCCCCUCCAGGUCCCUGUCUGAUUGAGCUCAGAGUCACAGCUGCAUGAGUCACUGUUUCCUGAUAAUAAAGAUUUGUACUGCAGGUUUAAUCUAAACUGAACGUUGUGCUGUCGCCUCCCUGUCAUGUGCAGUUGGAGUUUGGUCUCAGUUCUACACAAAACAAAAAGUCUGAGCAAUGACUAGAAACAGACACUGUAUCAAACGUUAAAACGGGGAAAUGACUCUGAUUCCAGCCACAUAAACCUUCU